CUAAAUUCCUAGUACUUUGAAUUUGAAUAUUCCCAGGAGCCAAUGAUCCUCGUCCACUAUUUACCUUUUCUUCUCUUGAAUAUUCAGUUUCAACUGUAAACCCAAUAGGGUCUUCGAUUCCACCCUGGAAUCUCCAAGGAUCUCGCUCCAAAAGAAGAGCUCUUCCACCCUGAAUCUCUUGGAAUCUCCCCCUAUAAGAACACCCCUCAUCAUCCCUCCUAGGUUCCCACAACACAAUCCCACCCUCCCAUGGCCUCUCUCACUUGCUCCGCCGCCGACCUCCUCCCCCUCCUCGGCGGCGCCUCCGCCAAUGCCACCGCCGCGGCCGACUACAUCUGCAGCCGCUUCGAUGCGGUGUCCGACAAGUUCGUCGACACCGGCUACGCCGUCGACACCACCUACCUCCUCUUCUCCGCCUACCUCGUCUUCGCCAUGCAGCUCGGCUUCGCCAUGCUCUGCGCCGGCUCCGUCCGAGCCAAGAACACCAUGAACAUCAUGCUCACCAACGUCCUCGACGCCGCCACCGGCGGCCUCUUCUACUAUCUCUUCGGCUUCGCAUUCGCCUUCGGCAGCCCCUCCAACGCCUUCAUCGGCCGCCACUUCUUCGGCCUCGAUGGCUUCCCCUCCCCCUCCUUCGAUUACGGUUAUUUCCUCUUCCAAUGGGCUUUCGCCAUCGCCGCCGCCGGAAUCACUAGUGGCUCGAUCGCGGAGAGAACCCAGUUCGUCUCCUACCUCAUCUACUCGUCCUUCUUGACGGGCUUCGUCUACCCGAUCACCUCCCACUGGUUCUGGUCGGGAGACGGGUGGGGCAGCCCGACCCGGACCGAUAGCCUCUUGUUCGAAUCCGGGGUUAUUGACUUUGCCGGGUCUGGUGUGGUCCACCUGGUCGGAGGAGUUGCCGGCCUGUGGGGAGCCCUCAUUGAAGGGCCUCGAAUAGGCCGAUUCGACAGCUCCGGCCGGUCCGUGGCCAUGCGCGGCCACAGUGGAACCCUGGUGGUUCUGGGCACUUUCCUUCUCUGGUUCGGGUGGUACGGGUUCAACCCGGGUUCUUUUGUCAGCAUCCUGAAGGCUUACGGAGCAAGCGGGUCCUACUACGGGCAGUGGAGCGCCAUCGGGAGGACGGCGGUGACCACCACUCUCGCCGGGUGCACGGCGGCGCUCACCACGUUGUUCGGGAAGCGCCUGCUGGUGGGCCACUGGAACUUGACGGACGUGUGCAACGGCCUACUCGGCGGCUUCGCGGCCAUCACGGCCGGAUGCGCGGUGGUGGACCCGUGGGCUGCGGUGAUAUGCGGGUUUGUGGCCGCGGCGGUGCUCAUAGGGUGCAACAGGCUGGCGGAGAAGUUGGGGUAUGACGACCCGUUGGAGGCGGCGCAGCUGCACGGGGGAUGCGGGGCGUGGGGGAUCAUCUUCACGGCGCUGUUUGCGAAGAAAGAGUACGUGAACGAGGUGUAUCCGGGGGUGGGGGGGAGGCCGUACGGGAUGGUGAUGGGCGGGGGGUGGCGGCUCCUGGCGGCGCACGUGACGCAAAUAGUGGCGAUUGUGGCGUGGGUGAGCGUGACGAUGGGGACGUUGUUCUGGGUGCUGCACAAGCUGAGGCUGUUGAGGAUAUCGGCGGAGGAUGAGAUGGCGGGAAUGGAUUUGACGAGCCAUGGAGGAUUGGCUUAUGCGUAUGAGGAUGAAACGGAUGAUGGGAUGAAGAAGAAAGGGUUUGUGUUGACACAGCUGGAGCCCAACAGGGACGUUGCUGUUUGAUCCUACAUUUGACAUUCGUUCCCUUCCUUCGAUGAUUGAUAUUGGGAGCUAGCUAGCUAGGUUGUACACUGUUUGGAUUUGGAAAUUAAGUUGGAAGCUAGCCAGUGUUAAGUUAGCGAAAUUAAUCAACUCCAUCUGUAAAGCAUUUUCUGUUUGCAAAUAAUUUGGAUGGGCAAAAUAAUUUCCCUUA